CGGACGUUCCAGCUGUUUGAGUGAGCUUAAACAGCAGUGUGUUAAAUGUAGGUCAGUCAGAGGAGAAGAUCAACAGCAGCACAGGAAAUGGCUCUUUUGGAUGAUUCAGUUUUCUUCCUCUUCUCCAGUCCCACCACCCUGUUGGGGGCCGUUGCUGUCCUGCUUGUCCUUUACCUUGUGUCAUGUAGCUUCACCGCGGAGAAAAUGGGAAAAGAGCCUCCAGGGCCGCCGCCUCUGCCUCUGCUUGGUAACCUGUUACAGCUUGAUCUCAAGAGACCGUACAAAACCCUCUGUGAACUUUCGAAGAAAUAUGGGUCUGUAUUUACGGUUUACUUUGGAACCAAUAGAGUGGUGGUCCUGGCUGGAUACAAGGCGGUCAAAGAGGCUCUGGUCAGCUAUGCAGAAGAGUUUGGAGACCGAAACAUUUCCCCUAUAUUUUAUGAAACCAAUCAGGGUCAUGGAAUUCUGUUUGCAAAUGGAGAAUCGUGGAAAGAGCUGAGACGUUUCGCCCUCACCACCCUCAGAGAUUUUGGGAUGGGUAAAAGAGUGGCUGAGGAGAAGAUCCUGGAGGAAUGUCGGUAUCUGAUCCAAAUGUUUGAGGAGCACAAAGGGAAACCAUUUGACACAACUUGUCCGGUGAAUUACGCAACAUCCAAUAUCAUCUCCUCUAUCGUGUACGGAAGCAGAUUUGAAUACGAUGACCCUCGAUUCCAAAACUUGGUGAGAAGAGCAAACGAGACAAUACGCAUUGUAGGUUCUGCAUCAAUCCAGCUUUACAACAUGUUUCCCAGGCUGGUCAGUUGGAUAAAAAACCGGCAGCUGAUAUUAAAAAAUUUGGAAAUGAGUGUCAGAGACGUCAAAGAUUUGAUCAAGCAACUGAAAGAGACACUGAACCCUGACACAUGCAGGGGGCUCGUGGACUGUUUUCUCAUUCGGAAGCAGAAAGAAGAGGACUCCUGUGUUAUGGACACGCAUUACAAUGAGAAAAACUUAAUAUUCACAGUCACAAACUUGUUUGCUGCUGGUACUGACACCACAGCCACUACACUGAGAUGGGGUUUGCUGCUUAUGGCCAAAUAUCCACAUAUACAAGACCAGGUCCAGGAGGAGCUGAGCAGGGUGAUAGGAAGCCGUCAGGUCCGGGCAGAAGACCGGAAAAACAUGCCCUACACUGAUGCUGUCAUCCAUGAGACACAGAGACUGGCCAACAUUGUCCCCAUGUCUAUUCCUCACAAAACCAGCCGAGACGUCACCUUCCAGGGCUACUUCAUCAAAGAGGGAACUACUGUGCUUCCUCUCCUUACUUCUGUCCUGUAUGAUGAGAGCGAGUGGGAGAGCCCACACACUUUCAACCCUUCCCACUUCCUGGAUGGGGAGGGUAACUUUAUCAGGAGAGAUGCCUUCAUGCCCUUUUCUGCAGGUCGCAGGGUGUGUCUCGGAGAGGGUUUGGCAAAGAUGGAGCUCUUCCUCUUCUUCACCUCCCUCCUCCAGCGCUUUCGCUUCACUCCUCCACCCGGAGUUACAGAGGAUGAACUGGAUCUGACAGCGGCUGUGGGCUUCACUCUCCCUCCUUCCCCUCAUAAGCUGUGUGCUGUGAGCCGCCAGUGAGGAAGACAGCCAGAGCAUGGCAUUACACCCGCCUGUGUCAAUGGCACGAAUAUUGCGGUACUCACUCUCGCUCUCUUUUACAAUGCACCACUGCGUUGUGUGCUGAGCGGCCACCAGAUGUCCCCAUCCUCAGGACCAUGAUUGGUGAAAAAUAAGGGAGAAUAUCAUCAGGAGACAGAAGAGCCAUGUGACAGUUCAAGUGUCUGAAGAUAGCACCUUGCCUGAGAUGGUAAUGGAAAAAAGAAAAUGAUGGUGGGAACACUAGACUACACGCUGUUUGUAAAUCUGUAGACAUUAGUUUACUCAGACUGAUUCAAUUUGGAUGUAUGUACAUUUUUAUAGUAAGAGAUGCUGUAGUAAAUUCCUGCUUCUCAGCCACUGUGGAUUUUUUUUGUUCACAAACUGAUGUGCUUUGGUUUUGUCAAAGACAGUUUGCCAGCAAAUGACAUUUAAAAUCAUGGCAGAUCAUGACAUUUAUUUACUGUAAAGUACAAAUGAUCUUUUAUUUUGAUCCCUGUAUGUUUUUUCUUCAGGAUAAUUAAUUAAAAAAUACUGUAUA